UCAGGGUCCGCGCCAGUACCCGUGGAUGGCCGCCCUGUUGAUGGCCACCAAUCGAUCGGUACCGUUUUGUGGCGGUUCACUGAUCGAUGGCCGACACAUACUGACGGCUGCCCAUUGUCUGAAAACUGUAUCGGCCCGGGAUAUAGUUGUCCGAUUGGGUGCCUAUGAGUUUAGUAGCGGCGGCAGCGGCAGUGGUAACAGUACUAUUGAACGACACGCCCGGGACUAUCGGGUCGAUCGGCUGAUCAUUCACGAGGCAUACGAUGAACAUAACGAUCGCAACGAUCUGGCAUUAGUACGGCUACUACUGGCCGACGGCAAUAAUCGGUCGGUAAAAUUUACGUCAACUAUACGACCAAUUUACAAUAAUAAUAAAGUAGUAACAGUUGCCGGCUGGGGUCGGACCAGUUUCGAGGGUCAGGUUAGCUCACAGCUCAGGCAUGUCCAGCUACCCGUGUGGCCAACCGAUCAGUGUGCCCGUGCAUUACCCUCAUGGAUAGACAACCGUCGGGUGCUGUGUACUGGUUAUCCAGGGGGUGGCCACGAUGCAUGUCAGGGUGAUUCAGGGGGUCCAUUGAUGGUCCGCGGCCGCCGCAACUACCGCUACCCGUACCCUGGGCACACUGGCCACUGGACACUGGUAGGUCUGGUAUCGUUUGGCUAUAAGUGUGCCGAACCUAACAGUCCCGGUGUUAAUACCCGAAUCCGAGCCUAUAUGCCGUGGAUUAUGAAAAAUAUUAACUAA